AUGCACACACUGUGCCCGUCUCCCCUCGGGCGACAGGAAGCGGAGAGCGGACGCUCUUGCUGCUGCGGCCGAGGAGGACGAUUGGCCCGUCCAGGCUUACGAGCCUGCGGACGGGGCCUCGUGUCCCUGGGGCCGAGUGCCGGGCAGGAGUCCGACAACUCCUACCCCGCCUCCCUCCACGGUUCACCGUUCGGUUCUCCCCUCCCUCCUCUCCCCCGGACAGGGGAGACAGAGUCGGAGCAGGGUGCCAGCUUGGCGGCCGAACAUGCUUUCCCCCUCUCCGUCACCACAGCGCUACCGGCGAUAGGUGGCAUCCUAGGGGAACUGCCGGAGAUCAUACGCAAGGCGGCCGCCUGCAGAGAUCUCCCCGUUCCCCUAGCUCAGGAGAGGUGUGCUCCGGACGACAUGAACGGAGUUUUUUCGCGGGUGCAGACGGUCAGGAGUGACCCGAUCUGGCCACGCUUCCCGGCCAUCAGGAGGUUCCAGGAGGGGGCGAUGGGGAACCCGAGGACCCUGAAUGCUCCGGUGGCCACAUUUGUUCCCCUCACCAAGGUGGAGGGCUCCAACUGCAGCUCCAACUGCAGCUCCCACUGCAGCACCAACUACAGCACCUACUGCAGCUCGAACUGCAGCUCCCACUGCAGCACCCACUGCAGCACCAACUGCAGCUCCAACUGCAGCACCAACUGCAGCACCUACUGCAGCACCAACUGCAGCACCCACUGCAGCACCAACUGCAGCUCCAACUGCAGCUCCCACUGCAGCACCCACUGCAGCACCCACUGCAGCUCCAACUGCAGCACCAACUACAGCACCCACUGCAGCACCCACUGCAGCACCAACUGCAGCUCCAACUACAGCACCCACUGCAGCACCCACUGCAGCACCAACUGCAGCUCCAACUGCAGCACCAACUGCAGCACCCACUGCAGCACCCACUGCAGCACCAACUGCAGCACCAACUGCAGCACCAACUGCAGCUCCAACUGCAGCUCCAACUGCAGCACCAACUGCAGCUCCAACUGCAGCUCCAACUGCAGCACCAACUGCAGCACCAACUGCAGCUCCAACUGCAGCUCCAACUGCAGCUCCAACUGCAGCACCAACUGCAGCACCCACUGCAGCACCAACUGCAGCUCCCACUGCAGCUCCAACUGCAGCACCAACUGCAGCACCAACUGCAGCUCCAACUGCAGCACCAACUGCAGCUCCAACUGCAGCACCAACUGCAGCUCCCACUGCAGCUCCCACUGCAGCACCCACUGCAGCACCCACUGCAGCUCCAACUGCAGCUCCCACUGCAGCUCCCACUGCAGCUCCGACUGCAGCUCCCACUGCAGCACCAACUGCAGCACCAACUGCAGCACCAACUGCAGCUCCAACUGCAGCACCAACUGCAGCACCAACUGCAGCACCAACUGCAGCUCCAACUGCAGCACCAACUGCAGCACCAACUGCAGCACCAACUGCAGCUCCAACUGCAGCACCAACUGCAGCACCAACUGCAGCACCAACUGCAGCUCCAACUGCAGCACCAACUGCAGCACCAACUGCAGCACCAACUGCAGCUCCAACUGCAGCUCCAACUGCAGCACCAACUGCAGCACCCACUGCAGCACCAACUGCAGCUCCCACUGCAGCUCCAACUGCAGCACCAACUGCAGCACCAACUGCAGCUCCAACUGCAGCACCAACUGCAGCUCCAACUGCAGCACCAACUGCAGCUCCCACUGCAGCUCCCACUGCAGCUCCCACUGCAGCUCCCACUGCAGCACCCACUGCAGCACCAACUGCAGCUCCAACUGCAGCUCCCACUGCAGCUCCCACUGCAGCUCCGACUGCAGCUCCCACUGCAGCACCCACUGCAGCACCAACUGCAGCUCCAACUGCAGCUCCCACUGCAGCACCCACUGCAGCACCAACUGCAGCUCCAACUGCAGCACCAACUGCAGCUCCCACUGCAGCACCCACUGCAGCACCCACUGCAGCACCAACUGCAGUUCCCACUGCAGCACCAACUGCAGCACGAGUUCCUUUAACCACAACCGCAUCAAUAAUUUCUACCACAUCCAAUGAGGGAACCCUUGCACUAACAUUUAGUAUUGACCAAACAUAUACAGCAGAUCUCUCAAACUCAUCCUCAACAGCAUACCAGACCUUGGCUGCAGAAGUGGUCAAAGAGCUCAACAACGUGUGUACAACUCUGUAUGGAUCAUCUUUCGUUCGCUCCGUUGUUAACUCAUUCAAGAGUGGCUCGGUGGUUGCAGACACAACCAUUGCAUUUAAAAAUACAAGCUCAGUUCCUUCAUCAAGCACAGAUACUUCACAGCUCAGCAGUGCAUUAACAAGCAACUCUACCUCCCUGAGCGUUAUAUCAGGCAGUGUUUCUAUAA